GGAUCGAAAUGUUUUUGUCUUCAUUCACCGAAAAACACAACGGAGAACACUGCUCAGAACCGGUGCUGGGGUAACUCUCAGGAAUCCUGCGGUACCGCGCACGGGAUGAGUGUUUACAAAGUCGAACUUUUAAUGACAGAUGGAUUGAAAUGGAAAUUUGGUUUGAACGAUAUUUGUGGAUAUUUGAACGUAACUGACUGUGAUGACCCAGUCGUGGACACCCAUACAAAGAAACAAUGUCAGGAAAAGAACUACGGACGGAUAUGUAAUUGUGACGGCGAAGAUCCCGAUGAUUAUGAAUAUACUUCUGAGGAUAAAGGUGAUGGGAGUAUCGAUGUACCCGAUACGGGUAGAAGUGGCUGUGUGUGGGCUGAACGACUUAGAAAUGACACCGUGGUGUUCGGUAUCAAGGCAUGUCAUGAAAAACUACAAGCCUCUCUGCACUGAAGAUGCCAUCUCCAACAAAAGAUCAACUUCUUACAGUUACAGCACCAGUGACCAGACUCCAAUGCCAAGCACAGCUCGAAAUACAGACAACUAUUCUAAAUCAUUAUCAGACACACAGACUCAGCAUGAUGGAGCCGUCGUUGGCGGAAGUGUGGCUGCCGCAGUUGUCGUAAUCUUGGUGUUGGUUCUGUUGGCGAUGAUUUGGAUGAAGAGGACAAAACGUGUUUGCUUUAAAGACAAAUCGCCUGACCCUGAUACUCGUCACGUGACUUCAAAUCAGAAUAUUUACGAACUGUCUGACGACCACAAUGUCGAUUCUGGUUACUGCGAUAUUAACGACCGCCCUGAUCAGACAGAUGCCGACUCUCUGAAUAACAGGAAUGGAAGACAACACUACGAAUUUGAACUAGAGUCAGCAGAAGCACAACUUGGAGUAUCUGGAGCAAAAGACGAACAGUAUGAAUUAGCUAUGGAUACGAGGAAUGUGAUUGCAGACGGCGAAGGUGAUUAUGAUGAGUUACACGACAGCAGCCACAACAAAGGUCAACAAUGGAGCGGUGCUGACAUGUACAGUCACAUCCACGGUCGAGAUGGUCGUGGACGUUAUGACCCGUACGACAAAACCAACUCCGUGAAGGACAUUUCUCCGCUUGACGCAGCGUACAGUCAUAUUCAUAGCAAUCGUGGGGUUGAUGACGCUGAUACGUACGAUAGGGCGGCACCAGUUGAAGUUGUUUCUGCCUUUGACACGACAUACAGCCAUGUGGUUCCCAGUACACUUGGUAAUGAGUGACAGUGUCUCCACGAGUACUCGAGUCCGUUCAAAGAACUCACGUACCCGUGUAAGGACGAGCACUAUCAUUUAAUUAUCUUUUUCUUUACGUCAUUUUGUCAUAUGUUUGCCGCCAGUUACAAUAUGACACAUGGCAGUCCAUGAGCCAGGCAAAAAUUGACUACCAAAAAUGGGACUAAAAACCUCUAUGGUUUUCAGUUAGCCGGAUGUCUGAACUGUAUGGAAAUAUGUGAUGGACAUUUCAGAAGCUCAGCUAAACAUGAAAAUGGCGGUCAUUUUUCAAAAUGGCGUCAACUGUAUUUAUCUGUUAACAUAUAUCGGAAAUUAGCUUCUCCUUCAAAACUGGCUGUGGUUAGGCACAAUCAGUGGAUUGAAUACUGUCCAGUAUUGUAUUCUGAAUAUUCGAAUGUAUAUUUCAUAGCAUUGUUUUUAUAUAUUUAGAAAUAUUUGAGAAAAUAUGAAGGGAAAAAAGUAUUUGUUUUGUUUAUACUCUGAUUGCAAAAUAUUUGUAUAUAUAAAAAAGCAUAGACAAAAUGGUUAUUAUAUUAUUUUAAUCAGUGUAGCCCAUGGUGUUUCAGAAAAUAAAAUCCCCAUGUAUGUUCUUUA